AAAUAACGUUAGUUGUGCGUGCGUGCGUGCAAACCAGUCAGAAACAAAACAUCAGCUUGUGACACUUCACGGUGUGGAGACCAUCUGUGGCAACCUACUAAAUUUGAAGUAAUUUAAGAAAAAUGCCAGAGCCUACUGAUAGGAAUUGUCCUGAGAUGGCCAAGACACCGGGCGGAGGCAUCGCUCCUGGGAAGGAUGAAGGGGUAGUCAAUGGCCACAAGGAAGGCGAGGCCAACCCCUUUGCUGAGUACAUGUGGAUGGAGAAUGAGGAGGAUUAUAAUCGUCAGGUGGAGGAGGAGCUACUGGAGCAGGAGUUCAUUGAGCGCUGCUUCCAGGAGAUGCUAGAAGAGGAGGAUCAGGAUUGGUUCAUCCCAGCCCGGGAUCUUCCGUCAGGGAUUGGGCAGCUGCAGCAGCAACUUAAUGGCAUGUCAGUCAAUGACCGGAAUGCAGAUGACAUUGCACGGAAGAGCAGCUUGAACCCUGAGGCGAAGGAGUUUGUCCCAGGCAUGAAAUACUAGGGGUUUCUCUCCAAACCCCAUAGAGACUCAGAGGCUUCUGGUGGCCACACUUUCAUACAUUUCAUACAUCCUCCCACCAAGUGGGGUGUGUUUUUGGCGUUAUACCGCUGGUAAUUUUGCCGUCUUUAUUUUUUUUUUAAGGGGGAAUGGAGCCUUGAACACUCUCCUGGAAGUUUUUAUUUUAUCAUUUUUUUCCUUGUCAAAAUCAGUAUAACUUUCCCAAUGGAUUUUCGCAGGAAGUGACUAGCUAUCAAGACAGUUAUUUGUGGUGUUUUUCGAUCACAGAGAAGCAAUUAUGUGGUAUCCACCAUCAUGAUCGUGUUAUAGCAAGUUGUCCAGCUCAGUGUUUAUAUUUCCUUUUUCCCUCAUAUUUAAGAGAGAGAAAUACUAGAGAUGAGAUUAUUGUCAGGUGUAUGGGACGCGGUAAGGUUGAACAACACAAACAUCAGCAGGUAGACCAGAGGACCUGACUGGAGUGGAUGGCAGCUGAAAAGUUCCCUCUCUUUUGAAUCCUGUGUGUAGUGUAAUACAGUGUGUACAACUUGCAAAAACAAAAUAUGUAUGAAAAAGUAUAUGUAAAUAAAGAAAAGAGCAGGUUCCCUCUU